AUGAGUAUGCCGUCUAUAGCUUUCUUGAGCGCCACUUUCAGAAAAACUUCUUCCACGGCUCGGCGGUGUGCACCUGGCUGGGCUUCGCCUGCACCUUUGUGGCGCGACCCUUUGGCGGCCUGGUCUUGGGCGUGGUUGGCGACAUCUUCGGCCGAAAGGCUUCGGCGCUCUUGUCGAUCUUCGGCAUGGUGGUUGGCACCGUGGGUCAAGGCGUGCGCCGCGAAGAGCCGCGAAGAUGGCUGCGAAGAUGGCACUUUUUGA